GAGAGCAUCCUUCCGUCAUGGCGUCUGUUUGUGGUAAAGCCGUUGUUAACCUGCAAAUCCUCUCUGUUUUCACGCUGUUGCUGCUAUGUCCGCCGCUCGGAGGAGGACAAAAGAAGAAAGAGAACCUGCUGUCAGAGAAGGUUGACCAGAUGAUGGAGUGGUCCUCUCGGCGUUCGGUUGUCCGGAUGAAUGGGGACAAGUUCCGUCGUUUUGUGAAGGCCCCUCCAAGGAACUACUCUAUCAUCGUCAUGUUCACUGCUCUGCAGCCUCAACGGCAGUGUUCUGUCUGCAGGCAGGCAAAUGAGGAGUACCAGGUCCUGGCAAACUCCUGGCGUUACUCCUCAGCAUUUUCCAACAAGCUCUUCUUCACAGUGGUGGACUAUGAUGAGGGAGCCGAUGUCUUCCAACAGUUGAAUAUGAAUAGUGCUCCAACCUUCAUGCAUUUUCCUGCAAAGGGAAAACCAAAGAGAGCUGAUACAUUUGACCUGCAGAGGAUUGGUUUUGCCUCAGAGCAGCUGGCCAAGUGGAUUGCUGAUCGCACGGAUGUUCAGAUCCGUGUUUUCCGACCUCCUAAUUAUUCAGGAACUAUUGCUUUGGCACUUUUAGUGUCCCUGGUUGGAGGACUGCUUUAUUUGAGGAGAAACAACUUGGAAUUCAUAUAUAACAAGACGGGCUGGGCCAUGGCUGCCUUGUGUGUGGUUUUUGCAAUGACAUCCGGUCAGAUGUGGAAUCACAUCAGAGGACCUCCUUACGCCCACAAAAACCCUCAGAAUGGACAAGUGAGUUAUAUUCAUGGCAGCAGUCAGGCUCAGUUUGUGGCGGAGUCUCACAUCAUCCUCCUCCUGAAUGCUGCAAUCACCAUGGGGAUGGUUCUGCUCAACGAAGCUUCCACCUCCAAGGGGGAUGUUGGCAAAAGGAGAAUCAUCUGCCUGGUCGGCCUCGGGCUGGUGGUGUUUUUCUUUAGUUUCCUGCUCUCCAUCUUCAGGUCUAAGUACCAUGGAUACCCCUACAGCUUCCUUAUUAAAUAAGAAAGAAAACAACUGAAGAGGAGGUCAGAGGGUGACAAACAAGCGGUAACAGUGUGGAGAAGAGGAAUGAAGAACAUACUUGAAAAACAGGGAGAAGAGUCAUUGUUGACUCCCCAUGGUGGGCUUUCUUUUUCUUAUCAGAUCAUCAAGUUGAAUGAAAUAGAGUAAAUUUCUUUGUACACUGGAUAAUAAAGGUAUUUGGCAUGUC